UAUUUCAGUAUCUGUUAUUCCCUUUUCGUUGGAUUGAGCGGUCUUCAAGCCGACAAACACAUAUUGGGUUCCUCACUCGACAGAACCUUUGUAAACCAAAAGAACCCAAAUCCUAUAAUGUUAUUGGGUCGGAACCAAGGCUUGGAUUUUAGGAAUCGGAUACGAUCGUUGUUUACCUCAGCUCCCUCUCUUCUCAAUCAAUCCAUCUCUAUCCAUCGAACAAUGGUGUCGUCCCACUGCACGAUGAGAGGUGCUGUUGGAGGACUCCUCCUCAGAUUCUCCGAUGGCGUCGUCUCUUCCAGAUCCAUUCUCAACUCCGGAAACCAUCAUCGUCGUCUUCUUCUCACCAUCCCCAAGUCUCUCUCGUCUCUCUCCUCAAUCUCCACUCACACUACUUCCAACUUCACACAUGAGCAGAAGAACUGCACCAAUCGUCAAGUCAGAAAGAUUUGGAUAUCUUCUCCUCUUUGUAUGGGUCGUCGCUCUUCCAAAAUCGCUGGCCGAAAGGGGGCUCAAGAUUCAAAGAAGGCGAAGCUAUACUGUAGGAUUGGCAAGGAGGUUGUUUCUGCUGUCAGGAAAGGGGGUCCAAACCCAGUGUCCAAUACAGUUCUAGCUACCAUCCUUGAGAAAGCAAAAGACCUGGAUGUACCCAAGGACAUUGUGGAGCGUAAUAUUAAAAGGGCUUCUGAGAAGGGCCAAGAAGACUUUAUCGAGAAGAUCUAUGAGGUAUAUGGGUAUGGUGGAGUUAGUAUGGUAGUCGAGGUCUUAACAGACAAAAUUAAUCGUUCAGUGGCAGCUGUUAGAUCAGUUGUUAAGGAUUACGGAGGCAAAAUGGCUGAUUCAGGAUCUGUCAUGUUUAAGUUUAGACGAGUUAGGGUCGUCAACAUAAAGGUCACCGAGGCUGACAAAGACCAGCUCUUUAUUAUUGCUCUAGAUGCUGGAGCUGAGGAUGUUAUUGAUCCCCCUAGUUAUGAAGAUGAUACUGAUGAAGAUAGGGAAGAAAGGUACUACAAAAUUGUAACUUCUAAUGAGAACUACUCGACAGUGUUGUCCAAGCUACGUGAUGAAGGAGUGAACUUUGAGCCUGACAAUGGCUCUGAACUUCUCCCUCUGACUACAGUUGAGGUGGAUGAUGAGGCCAUGGAACUGAACAAAGAGCUUAUGCAGAAACUACUUGAACUUGAUGAUGUUGACGCUGUUUAUAUCGACCAGAAAUGAACAAUACAUUACAGGAAGUUUCACUUCAGGUCAAUCUCAGGAACUGGUUUUUGUUCAAGUCUGCAUAUAUUGUGAAGAAGGAACGAUGAUGGUUCUGGAACACACUUACGCUUCACUUCUUCUAGUUUCCAUUUUGAAGCUACAAAAUCAGAGAUGUUACCUUGUAAUUCUUAAUAAUUUUUCUUUUGAUCAUAGACUGUUAGACAAUUUAUUUAUAAUCAUCAUCACAACAGUAUUUGUUGGGUUUACUGUUGUAUGUAUAGGUUAACCUAUA